AAAAAAUUACUAAAAAUUAUGUUGAUCUCCUCCAUGGUGUUCGUCCUCUAAUCCUCUGGAACCAGAGCCUGCCAAACGCCUAUGACCGCUUCUCUAACUCCCUUAAAGUAGUGACUCAUCUCUUCUCUUCUCAUCUCAUCUCUUGUCUUCACCACCCCUCCCCAACUUCACGUGAUCCUUUCAAGUCCAAAACGGUGCGUAUUAUCACCGCCGCGAGAGACCCUUUUCGUACUACAAUCACGGAAACGUUCGAGGUUCAUGACGGGGUUUCAUAAAAUCACACGCUUUUUCUUUUAAUUCGGUUGUUUAAGCUCUUCCUAAAGACCCCUUUAAUCAGAAUCCAAAUUAAAGAUAAAGAAAAAGGUGGUGGUGGUGGUGUCGGAAUCACAAUGCCAGAGGUUAGAAUCAUUGCCAAGAAUUUCAUGGACAUGGUGGCUUCCAUGCCCGCCAUGAAGCUCGAUAAGCUCUAUGAAAACGGAUUCAUCUGUGAAGCUAUUCUCAGGUCUCUUCCGCCACUUGCGAAGAAAUAUGUCAUACAGAUGCUGCAUAUUGAUGUGCCAGUGGCAGCUAAAUUGUUGGAGGAAUGGGUGCUUCCGGGUGGAGUUUCAAAGCACAGAGUGGCCAUUGAUAGGUUGGUUCAAUUGAGAGUUUUCCUUGAAGCUGUUGACAGGAAGAAUGAAAAGACUUACAAAGUUAAUCCAACAUUUCAGAGAAGUCUCCAAAAACUUUUAGUACAAGGUGGAACUUUGCCAAGGGAAUCAAUGCCUUCUAAUAUUACUGUGAGGCUCCCAACCUUAGAGAAUCUUGAGGCUUAUGCUCUAGAACAAUGGGAGUGUUUCUUAUUGCAACUUAUAAGCCCAAGUCAGGUUGAAAAGCCCUUGAAUAUUAGCUCUUCCCUGAUGAAGGUUUUCCAGCGGCGUAUCCUGAGUUACAGAGACAAAGAAGCUCCAAAAUUAACUGAAAGUGGUUUCCAGUUUUUGCUGAUGGAUACAAAUGCACAGCUUUGGUACAUCAUCAGAGAAUAUAUCUCUAAUUCUGAGGAUAGAGGUGUUGAUGCAGCUGACCUUAUCUCAUUCAUGCUGGAACUUAGUUUUCAUGACAUUGGGGAGGCUUAUAGUGUUGACACAUUGACUAGUUUUCAGAGGACCAUAAUUAAUGACCUAGCAGACCUUGGUUUGGUAAAAAUUCAGCAGGGCAGGAAAGGAAGUUGGUUUAUACCUACAAAAUUGGCAACCAAUCUUUCAAUGAGCUUGGCUGAUUCAUCAUCUAGAAAACAGGGAUUUGUGGUUGUGGAAACAAAUUUUAGAGUUUAUGCUUACUCAACUUCUAAAUUACAUUGUGAGAUAUUGCGGCUAUUCUCAAGGGUAGAGUAUCAACUUCCAAAUCUUAUUGUUGGGGCUAUUACAAAAGAAAGCUUGUAUAGUGCUUUUGAAAAUGGCAUUACAGCAGAGCAGAUAAUCACUUUCCUUCAGCAAAAUGCUCAUCCUCGUGUUGCGGAGAGGAUACCAUCUGUGCCUGAAAAUGUCACAGAACAGAUUAGGCUGUGGGAAGCAGAUCUAAACAGAGUUGAGAUGACAGAUGCAUACUAUUACGAUGAGUUCCCUUCCAGAGAUGUGUUUGAAGGAGCCUGUGACUGUGCUAGAGAAUGGAAUGGUUUGUUGUGGGAAGAUUCAAAGAAGAUGCACAUGGUGGUUAAGACUGAGGUACAUCAGUAUGUACGAGAUUAUUUGCGCCGUCAAAAGUAGUAGCAAAGGCAACAUCAUCUUAUGCAUCCUGGUCAUCCUGGUCCUGUCAACAUGCAAAGGGAAACCUGGGAAAAAAUGCUUUUAUUUUGAGCUUCUUUACAAGGAAACAGCAAUGGAGAAAGCGAUUUGGUCAUAUAAUUGGCACACAUCUCAUACUUUUUGUUUCUCAUUUUUCCCCUCCCUUUUAGAAUUUUUAAAAAAAUGUAUUUUCCUUCAAGGUAAGUUUUGACAUUCUUCCUUUUUUUUUUUGGUUUUGGGAGGGGGAUCCUUUUAUUACUUGAAUGCUGUGAAACUUUUUUUUAUUUAGAAUUAAAAAUUAAAAUUUAUAACUUUGUAUAGUCAAAA